AGAAAUUUCACAAAACAUCUCUAACAUCAAAAUCUUCUCUCUCUCUCAGCCAACGUCGCAGCCGUUAACCGUCGCAUUACGGCGGCGUCACACGACGGCAUAAUCGGAUUCUGCUACAACGCAUAUACAAAUAAGUUGCGUAUCGGUAUCUCUUAUCGACACUACUCUAGUAUCUGCAGUUCCUUCAGUUUCACCAACAAUUUCAGGUUUGCAAGAUGAUUGGAUCCUUUCUUACCAGAGGGCUCAUAAUGGUGUUUGGCUAUGCGUAUCCAGCAUACGAGUGCUUCAAAUCAGUGGAGAAAAAUAAGCCUGAUAUUGAGCAACUUCGUUUUUGGUGUCAAUACUGGAUCUUAGUUGCUGUCUUGACUGUCAGUGAACGCAUUGGCGAUACAUUUGUUUCAUGGGUUCCAAUGUACAGUGAAGCGAAGUUAGCGUUUUACAUAUACUUGUGGUACCCCAAAACAAUGGGAACAACUUAUGUAUACGAUUCGUUCUUCAAACCAUACAUUUCAAAGCAUGAGCCUGAGAUCGAUCGUAACUUGAUGGAAUUGAAGACACGUGCCGGGGAUGCGUUUGUUUUGUACUGGCAAAGAGCAGCAAGUUAUGGUCAAACGAGAAUAUUCGAUAUUCUUCAAUACGUUGCUUCACAAUCGACCCCCAGACCCCGACCACCUAAGCCACCUCAAACCGGUAGACCUCGACCCGCAGUCACUCAAGAGGAGACCAACGAACCACCAUCUCCUGUUUCCUCAUCGUUAUCUGAUUCGGCUUCUCACCAACAAGACGCUGUGGAUGCAGAGCCAACGCCAUCUUCUCCGGCUGCUGUCUUGAGAGCACAAAAGUCAAUCUCGUCACCAAGUGUAACAGUGGCGGCAAAGCCUCAAACGUCAAAUGAAGUAGAGAUGGUGGAAGCCGAGCAAGCGGGUUCAUCAAACCCUCCUGUGAAGGAGGUUGUGAUGGAAGAACCUGUUAAGGUGUACACACGCGCACGGUCUAGGAAAACGAGUGUUGCAACGGGUAGGUAAUAUGGUUGUGGACAGUUUAGUAUGCAAAAUGUGAGUAUUUAGGACGUUUAUGUAUUUGUAUUUUCUUGCUUUAAACAUGUCUUUAUUUCAUUCUAUCUUGUUUGUUUGUGGCAUGAAUAUGAUGUCAUUUUUUUUUUAUAAAUGGCAUUUAUAUCGUCUAAAAA